UACAAACACACAUGUUGAUGUGGCUCAUGGUUCCUCAUUCCUGAUUACAAAUAAAUGUGCUGAAAACCCAGUAGAGUUUUCAGUGGUCAAUCACUUGGAAUUGCCAAGUUUUUGUUUCCCAACUUCUCUCUUCUUUCGGCCAUUGUUGGUGGGUGCAUUUUGGUACCGAAACAAACUGGGAAUUCGUUCGUAAUUAGGAGCCUUAGUUUGUUUUUGUUGGUUUAGUGGGAAAAAUAUUUAAAUCCUGAACCCGAAUGAUGAGUAUACAAGUACAGCCGUUGCCGAGUAUUAAUAUUCCCAAUGGCGGCUUGAACAUGCAAGUCCUGCGCCGGCAACCUCAGAAAGAGAAGGUUCUGGUGGUGAUGGGGGCCACCGGCACCGGCAAGUCGAGGCUGUCAAUUGACAUUGCCACCCGUUUUCCGGCGGAGAUCAUCAACUCCGACAAGAUUCAAGUCUACGAGGGGCUCGACAUAGCGACGAACAAGAUCACCGAGGAGGAGCAGUGUGGGAUUCCUCAUCAUCUCCUAGGAAUAAUACAAGAUCCUGCUUCGGAUUUCACGGCGCCAGCCUUCUGCAACAUGGCUUCACUCUCCACGAGAUCCAUAGUCGGUAGAGGGCAGCUCCCUAUCAUCGUUGGCGGCUCCAAUUCCUACAUCGAAGCUCUGGUUGACGACGAAAACCACGAGUUCAGAUCGAGAUACGAAUGCUGCUUCUUAUGGGUCGACGUUUCUCUCCCGGAGCUGCAUUCUUUCGUGUCGAACCGAGUCAACAGAAUGGUCGCCGCCGGGAUGGUGGAAGAAGUGAGAAACAUGUUCGACCCAGACGCUGAUCAUUCACGGGGAAUAAGAAGAGCCAUUGGCGUUCCCGAACUGGAUCGAUACUUCAAAAUGGAACCUUCCUUAGAUAAAGAAUCACGUUCCCGGCUGCUGCAAGAAGUGAUCGACGAGAUCAAGGACAAUACGUUUAAAUUAGCGUGCCGGCAAUUGGGGAAAAUUCACCGGCUUCGGAACGUGAAGGGGUGGAAGCUUCACCGGCUGAACGCCACCGAGGUGUUCAGAAAGAGCGGCCGAGAGGCAGAUGAGGCGUGGGAGAGGGAAGUGGCGGGGCCGAGUUCGAAGAUAGUGCGUCGUUUUCUUUACAGUCGUGGUGCCCCUGAUCAGGUGUACAGGAACGCGAGAGCGGCGGCAGCGGCGAUGGGAGCGGCCGUGGCUGCCGCCAGUCACUAGAGAAGGGACAGCAGCGAAUCGUCGUGACUUUGAUUUGGAAUUUGCAAAUUAUUCAGUCAUACGCUGUGAGGAGAUUUCUAUCCAUCUAUCCAGUAUCCACUCUGGUCUUACUGACUAAUAGUACCGUCCACUUAAAGCAUUAUUGAUGAAUAAUGGAGAUCCACUGUCUAAUAAUGUGUGCGAGAUUGUGUAAUAACUUGCAAAUUUUAUUCAAAUCCAAUCUUUUUCAUC